AUGAUCACCGACGCCAUCGUGGUGUCCAAACCUGGAGCACCCUUCCAGUACCAGCAGAUCGAGCUCCACGAUAAUCUCAGGGCAGAUGAAGUGCUCGUUCGGAUCAAGGCCACCGGCGUAUGCCACACCGACCUGAAUUUCUCAAAGGAGAAGACCAUGCCCGAGCUGUUUCCGGCUGUCCUCGGCCACGAGGGUGCCGGUGUCGUUGAGCGCAUGGGAUCCAACGUUACAAAAUUCGCAAAAGGGGAUCACGUCGUUGUCGUCUUCAGCUGUUGCGGAGAGUGCAAGUACUGUCUACGCAAGCAAUCGUCUUAUUGCGAUCUCUGGUUCCAGUACAAUUUGGCAGUCGGGAGGCUGGACGGGUCGAAGGUGUUUUCGAGCCUGACUACCGGGAGACCCAUCAUGAGUCAUUUCUUUGGGCAGAGCAGUUUUGCGAGACAUAUCUUGGUGUCUCAAAAUGGGUUGGUCAAAGUUGACAAGGACUUGCCGUUUGAGAAGGUGGCUGCACUUGGUUGUGGAGUGAUGACGGGCGCUGGAGCAAUGCUGAACGUGAUCGAACCAGCUUCGGACAUGGCAGUUGCUGUUGUAGGUGUCGGAUCUGUGGGAUUGUCAGCGAUCAUGGCACUGAAGAUGCUCGAAACACAGCCAAAAAAGAUUAUCGCCAUAGAUAUCGUCCCCGCGAGACUGGAACUGGCCCGCUCAUUCGGCGCAACUCAUGGAGUCAAUUCCAAAGUCCGGCCUGAGCUUAUGAAAGUCCUUAUGGAUAUCACCAGCGGGCGGGGAGUUGAUGGCAGUAUAGACACCACAGGGAAGCCGGAAGUGAUCAAGGAACUCGUCCACAGUGCUGCAAGGAAAGGAAAAGUGGUAACAGUGGGUAUUGACGAUCUUUCGGCAGAAGCAUCGUUAAAUAUGUUCGAGAUGGCGAACGCAGGCUGCAGCUACAUUGGCUGCAACCAGGGAGACUGCUAUCCUCAAGAGUUCCUACCGAGAUUGUUGGCGGCGAAUCAGCAAGGAAAGUUUCCUUAUGACCAGUUAAUCAAGACGUAUCGAGCCAACGAUAUUGAGAAGGCUGCCCAUGAUGUGCUUAGCGGCAUGACCGUUAAGGCCGUGUUACUUUGGGACUGA